CUAAAAAUUGGUGACCGCUGUCAUGGCUGGUAGUUACAAAAAUUUCAUGAAAUUAUUGGAAUCGUGGCCAUUAGACAGAAGCAAAGCUGGCAAAGAUUUGGGACAACAUAUUCGUGAUCAAGUGAAGAUUGCAUUUGCAAAGGGCGACGCAGCUAGUCAACCAGAUCUCGAACAGUGUAACCGGUACUAUUCAAGUUUAAAGAGAAUUUCAUCAAAUCAUUACGGACAGAUUUAUAAACGUUCUUUGUUAAGCACAGCAAGCGGAUUAAACAGAGAGCAAUGUAACUUGGCGUUAACUCCAGAAAUGUUAGAUUAUUUGCAAAAAGAAGAUAAGAAUAUAUUUAAAAGGUUUUAUGACAAGAUCAAAUAUACUAUAAAACAUGAUUAGAAUUACAUUCACACACUUUGUAAAUAAGUUUGUUAAAAAGAAAUGUUUUAGUAGUGAAACAUGUGCAUUAUUGGCAAGCAUUAACUUGUCAUGUUCUGCUAAUGUGAGAAGAUAUAGUUUAAAAUACGAUGUUUGCACUAAUGAAAAUUUUCACGUACCGGUUAUGGCACAGGAAGUAUUGGCACAUAUGAAUCCAUCACCAGGCGAGACAUAUAUAGACAUGACAUUUGGUGCUGGUGGACACACCAUUAAACUUUUAGAACAUACACCGGAUAUAAAGAUAUUUGCAUUAGAUAGAGAUCCUGCAGCACACGAAUUUGCUAAACAGUUAUCACAGAAAUAUCCAGGGAAAAUAAUUCCUUUGCUAGGUAGAUUUUCGGAAUUACCACAGUUACUUCAACAACACAAUGUUGAGAAAAAUAGCAUAGAUGGCUUUCUGUUCGAUUUUGGUUGCUCAUCAAUGCAAUUUGAUGUGGCAAAUAGAGGUUUCUCCUUAUCCAAAAAUGGACCGUUAGAUAUGAGGAUGGAUGGAUUUCGGUAUCCAGAACAGCCUACUGCCGCGGACGUAUUAGAGAGAGCAACAGAGGAAGAUCUGGCUCGUAUCAUAAAAUAUUAUGGGGAGGAGAAGCGUGCUAAGAAAAUCGCACGCGCUAUUGUCGAGGCUAGAUAUAGAUUUAGAAAAUUAGAGACUACGAAGGAACUGGCUCAGCUAAUCGAGUCCGCUUUAGAUGGUGAAAUCAGAAGGGACAGUCUUGGUAGAUUUUCGCACAGCGCCACAAAAACAUUUCAAGCACUUAGGAUUUUUGUCAAUAACGAAUUAAACGAAAUUAAUUACGCUGUACUUCUUGCGUCAAUAUACUUGAAACUGUCCGGUCGUUUAAUAACGAUUUCUUUUCACUCGCUCGAAGAUAUUGUAAUUAAGAGACAUCUCUCUGGAAACAUAAUAGAUAAUAUGGCUAAUACCAUAGCGUUAAAGUAUGCGAGUCGUGGUAAAGUUUUUGAUAAGAACGAAUGCGAACAGUUAACACAAUCGUCGUGGAAAAUGAUGCAUAAGCAUGUUCUCACACCUACAGCUGAGGAAAUCGAAAGAAACCCGAGAUCACGAUCGGCGAAACUCCGUGCUAUUGUUAAAGUAAAAUAAAUAUUUUUUUACAUAUGAGAACAUGUUUAUACGUUUCUGUCAAUAUACAACUACAUUGAGAUUGUGUAAUGAUGAUAUAUGUACAAUGUAUUUAUUUUAACAGAAUAUAUUGUCAACACGCAUAUUUGUAUAUAAGUAGUAAGAAAUAUACUUGUUGAAACUUGUAAAAAAACAUUUAUUGAUAAUUAUAUAUUGGUAUAUAAAUUGCUAAUUUAUUAAUACA